AACGAGAAGAUGUGAUGAAAGGUUAACGCAAUUUAGGGCUAGAGACGAACAUUGGUUGAAUAUUAUAUUAAUUGGAUUCUUAUGGUGAAAGGGAUUUUGUUCUAAACGCAUCUUCUUCAUCUACUUCUUCCAAUUCAGUUGCCUAUGGCGGACGCUUCUUCAUAAGAUCAAGCAACCAAUUUCACCUUUUUUUUCUUUUUCAUUUCUACAGUAAGCCCACUUCUUCUCUUUCUCUCCUCCCAAUUGCAGUUUGUGGAUUCUGGUAUUUCCCAUGCCAAAUUAUUCCCGGUUCCAUCGUUAACUCUUCAUGGAUGCUCGCCGUGGCUCCCGCAUCGUCAACCCCAAAGUUCGUCAGGUUGGAUUCUUCACUCUCGACGCUCCUAAUUCCCCCGACCGCUCCCUCUCCGGUCCCCCCAAUUGUCUCCCUUCUCAACAAUCCCUCUCUCCUCCCACCAAUUCAUUGUCUCCCGUCAUGAUUCCCCCUCCCCGUCAUCUCUCCGACAACCUUGCAUCACGUUCUGCUGUUCUUCCUGUUCCUGCUCCUGCCAAUUGGAGGAAUUCCACCGAUCAGAUCCCUGUUGGCAGUUAUAACCCUUCCGAGACCCUGCUUGCGACAUCCCCUAUGGCGUCUCCUUCCAGUAGAACUGGGGAUGAAGAGCUGGACAUGUCUGAGGAUUCUUCCAACUCCGUUUGGCAUCGCCGGAGUGGUUCUGGGAAGAUUGCCUCGAGCUUUCCUGGGGUUGGAAUCCACGUGGGGGCUAAGUCGUUGGAGAACUCGCAGGCGGUGCCUCUUCAGACGUUGGAAACUAAUAAGCCUGCUGGAGUUGGAGAAAAGACUGGAGGGCCAUCCACGGAGGUACAGAAUAGACAACCACCACCAAAUUCUAAACCCCUGAAGGCAAAAACAACAAAGGCUGAAAGACGAGCUCUACAGGAGGCACAACGAGCUGCAAAAGUCUCUGCAAAAGGUGAGGCAAAUAAGUCAGGUGCUGCUCCUGGUAAAGCUGUGAAGCAGCCUGCAGCUAUGAAAGAUAGCACUGCUGCACCUUCAGUUGCACCUACUGACAAAAGAGGAGGUGGUGAUCGCACACUCGACAAAGAAAGGAAGAAAGAUGCUCCCCCUCCACGAAUGCAGUUUGAUGAUAAAAGCAGGGUAGAAAAGGCUAAAAAGCGAGCAGUUUUCAACCAAACUGAAGCUAGAAAUAGGGUUGAAUUGUUUCGCCAUUUGCCACAAUACGAGCAGGGAACUCAGCUUCCCGAUCUUGUAUCAAAGUUUUUUCAACUUGAUUCCAUUCAUCCUGCAAUUUACAAGGUUGGUUUGCAAUAUAUGGCCAGAGACAUAUGCGGAGGCAAUGCUCGUUGUAUUGCUAUGCUUCAUGCAUUUCAACAGGCCAUCAAAGACUACUCAACUCCGCCACAGAAGUCUCUGGGUAGAGAUUUAACUGCAAAAAUUGGUAGCUAUGUGUCCUUCUUCAAUGAGUGCAGGCCACUGUCUGUUAGCAUGGGAAAUGCAAUUAGGUUUUUGAAAAACCGCAUUGCCAAAUUGCCACUGAAUCUUCCGGAAUCCGAAGUAAAAGCUACACUUUGCUCAGAUAUCAAUCGCUUUAUCAAUGAAAAGAUCAUAAUUGCAGAUGAGGUUAUAGUUAGACAUGCUGCCACUAAAAUCAGGGAUGGAGAUGUUUUACUCACAUAUGGAUCGUCAUCUGCUGUAGAGAUGCUUAUAUUAUAUGCUCAUGAGCUAGGAAAAGAAUUUCGUGUUGUGGUGGUGGAUUCCCGUCCAAAACAAGAAGGGAAAGCGUUGCUUCGUAGGCUCAUAGCGAGGGGCCUAAAUUGCACAUACACCCAUAUAAAUGCCAUUUCUUACGUGAUGCACGAAGUAACACGAGUUUUUCUAGGGGCUGCUGCAGUCUUAUCUAACGGAACUGUUUAUUCAAGAGUGGGAACUGCAGCUGUUGCUAUGGUUGCUAAUGCAUUCCAUGUUCCAGUCUUAAUCUGCUGCGAAGCCUACAAAUUUCAUGAAAGGGUACAGCUUGACUCAAUAUGUUUCAACGAAUUAGGUGAUCCAGAUACUAUCUCAAAGGUUCCCGAGAGGAAGGAUAUUAAUGAUUUGGCUGCUAAAGAACAACUGCAACUUCUAAAUUUAAUGUAUGACGCCACACCUUCAGAUUACAUCUCGAUGAUCGUCACAGAUUAUGGGAUGAUCCCACCUACAAGCGUGCCGGUGAUUGUGCGGGAGUAUAGGAGAGAGCACCUGUGGAUAUAAGGAGGUUAAGAAGGACCCUUCAUUUGGAAAGAAGCUGAGGAUGACCGAUUGAUGCUUGUUCCAUGUAAUCGUGCAAGAAGUAGCCGAAGCAUGCUGCAAGGUCGACAUUUCUUGAAUCAUCUUGAUGCAACCUUUGUUCUACUCCUCCAGUACUCUUUUCAAAUUCUGAUUUUGGUAGAUUAACAGUUAGCUAAAAAUGCGGUUGACGCCUCUCCUUACAGUUUUCCAAGUGUUUUUCUUUUAGGAGAAUAUGAAGGUUGACGCCUCCCCUUACAGUUUUCCAAGUGUUCUUUUGAGGAGAAUAUCUAAAGUUUGAUAGUUGAUGUUGACAUAGGAACAUAAUAAAAUAAGUCGUGAAAUUUAUUGGCUUUAUUUGAUUCAAUGAACAAGAAAUUUGAAAGAAAAA